ACUGGCGCUUUAAUUGGUUCACUGGGAACAAAAAGUUUCACUUCAUUGGCUGUCACUUUGGGUUACGAUUGGCUCUUUCAUUUUAAGAAACAAUAACAAAACCGGUUUGAAAACGUUUCGAAACAGUUGUUGUGAUUUUCUGACCCAAGAUCAUCACUGACCAAGCUCAGUCCAAUCCCCAACCCUUUGCAGUGGGGAUACGUUUACAUAUAUACUUUUUAUUUUUAUUUUUUUUACCUACGCCGAGAAUCUUGCUCCUGCCCAUUCCAUACAACCAUGCGAGAACCCAAUUUCUCUCUACCAGCUCAGAAUAGAGCGGCUGUAGUCAUCACAUCGACAUUGUAUGAUCGACGAGCAUUGGACUGUACCGCCAUUCUCCCACUUAUCAACUCAUUGACACACUUGACUUACAUGACCUCGACAUCACCACGAAUAAGAGAAAUACUGGUAUUGGAUGGCGGUCUGGAAAGACUUGUGCGAAUUCUUCAUUCGGCUGGCUCGAUUAAACCUGGUGAUCGCAAAAGUAUGUGGAAGUGGAGUCUUGCCUUCCAGUGCGUUGUCAAUGUUGGAGUCCGUGGGUCUGAGCAAAUAAGGACACGGGUUGUUCAAGCCGGUAUGAUCCCUGUCAUUGUUGCUGUGCUAGACAAUUUUUUCAAGACCAUGGAGCAAGUCAAGAUGGAGAAGGAGAAGUGUAAACUCCUGUUUCAACAACAACCAGGAGCAAGUGGUGACAGCACUACAUCCGAAGUGGAUCCUUUAUCUUUGCAUCCUUCUCAUACUCGAUCUACACCCAUUCACCCCUCACGGCCGUUAUUUACACCCAUGAAUGCCGAUCCAAGACGCAAUUUUGCUGAAAAUGAGAAUAGAUCGCCCUCGCAACCUAACCUCAUGCGACCACUAGCUACCACGUUUACCAGCCCUUCCGAUGUAUACCCAAUCGAUCGAACCAACCAUGAUGUGGGCGAUUACGCAGCGAAUGAACAUCCUAGAGGAGACCAAGUUAUCAAUGGCACCAACCUGUGGAUGGAAUCCCGGCCCAAUCUGUCUCCGCCAUCCUCCUCGUCAGCAAGAAGAACGACCUUCCCACUGCGAAGUACGCCAACUCCGAUCCAACCCCAAUCUACUACCAACAAUACGAUACCACUUUUAGAUGCAUUGUCGACCGAUGCGCCACUUCAUCGCGAUGAAGACAUACUUCUUUCACUUCAACUUCUUGCAUAUAUUUCCAAAUACCCACACCUUCGAACCCAUUUUCAUGAACAUGCUCCUUGUAACGUCUUUUCCCUGGUUGAAAAGUUCACGCAUCGACUUCAUCCACCUGCCAUUCAAUAUUGGGCUGGCGUGAUCAUGCGCAAUGCUUGUCGAAAGGAUGAGAGCCGUGGUGGUGUUCGACAAUGUGCUUUUAUGCAAUGCGGUCGAUGGGAACGUUACCCUCGAGAGUUCGCAAAAUGUCGACGAUGUCGUAAGGCCAAGUAUUGUAGUAAACAAUGUCAAUCAAAAGCUUGGAGUGAAGGGCAUAGGUGGUGGUGUGUUGAACGAACUCACACAUCAUCAUCGCACUUCAAUGCGCAAGCAUCUACUGGUGUAUCCACCCCAAUUGAAGAACCAAGUGAAAAUCCACAAACAACGACUGAACCAGUCAUAGCCAUCAAUGAACAACCUAUUGGAAUGGAAAGAGCCACCACACCUGCCGUAACCGCCGAACCACCCAAUACAGCCAUUCCUCCCAACGAGCCACCGCCUACCAUUGUUCAACGUACUUUUGGUAACCCUCCCACUCACCCCAACUUACCUUUUAGCGAACUGACUCGUGGUAUGUCAGUACAAGAUAACCUUGAGAGACAUGGAAUGGACGUCCAAGAGUGAUUGGGUCCCCUUUGUAUUUUUUUUUUCUUUGAAGGUAACAAUAAACGUCCCAACCAAAAAUUCAUCUAGGUGGUGCAUUCCUACUGGCUGCAAUGGAAAUGUUUGACGGAAAAGAACUGACAAAGGGCGAAACAAAAAAAAGAACUUCU